UGCCACAGACACAGCUUAGGUGCAGAAGCAGCAGAAGCUCUGCAGCAUCAGCAGCAGCAGCAGUAGCAUCAGAGACAGAGAUGAGAGAGAAAUCUCAAAUCUGCAUCAUAAUACCAUUACUUUUUUUUCAUCCAUCUACACAAGAUUCUGUAACCAUGGUCCCUGAAAUAAAUAUACCUGCUCUCUCUUCCCAACCCUAUUCUAAUAUUAAUACUCAUAGCCCACAAACACACCACUCUCCUUCUCUCUUCUCCCUUUUCAAAAUUUUUACUUUUUAAUUCCUUCCAUUCCACCAUUACUUCUCUUCUAUCAUCUUAUCACUUUUUUAAUAAACCUGCAUUAUAUACAUAUAUAUACAGCUUCUUCCCUUUCCUCUUCUGCUGCAUAUUUUUGAUGAUGAAUGGGAGGAACAGGUUUCCCUUCACCCCAUCACAGUGGCAAGAGCUUGAACAUCAAGCUCUAAUCUACAAGUACAUGGCUUCAGGGAUUUCGAUUCCACCUGAUCUUCUCUUCACCAUAAAAAGGAGCUACUUUGAUUCCCCUCUCUCCUCAAGGCUUUUGCCUAACCAGCCACAGCACUUUGGAUGGAACUAUCUGCAGAUGGGUUUGGGGAGAAAAAUAGACCCUGAGCCUGGGAGGUGUAGAAGAACUGAUGGCAAAAAAUGGAGGUGCUCCAAAGAGGCAUACCCAGAUUCUAAGUACUGUGAGAGGCACAUGCACAGAGGGAAAAAUCGUUCAAGAAAGCCUGUGGAAGUUUUGAAAACAACACCGUCAUCAUCAAACACAAAUGCUUCAACUCACCAACACCAACACCACCAGCAACAACAGCAACAACCAAUCUCAUCAAUCACCAAACUCAAUACUACUCUUUCUCCUCUUGCAUCAUCAUCGUCUGAAUCACACUAUGCUCCCUUUCUCUAUCAACACCCUCCAUCGUCAAGGUCCUCUGCCAUUGGCUUGUCCUUUGAAGACAACAGUGCUCCCUUGUUUCUUGACACUGGCUCUUGCUCUCAGUCCAACACAGAUUGCAGGUAUGCAUACGGAGAGAAAGAAGAGGUGGAUGAACACGCUUUCUUCACAGAGCCGUGUGGUAUCAUGAAAAGCUUUUCUGGUUCCUCCAUGGAUGAUUCUUGGCAACUCACGCCAUUGACUAUGAGCUCCUCCUCUUCUUCCACCAAACAGAGGAGUUCCUUUGGCCUGUCCAAUGAUUAUUCUUGCCUGCAACUCCAGAGCCACUCAAAGCCUCAGGAGCAACAAGAUCAGGGUGGUUGCUACAUGCUGGGUGGAGGAGGCCAACUUGGAAAAGAAGAACCUCAGAAAACCGUUCAUCGCUUCUUCGAUGAAUGGCCCCACAAAGGAAGACAAGGAUCUUGGCUUGAUUUGGAUGACAAAUCUUCCACAACCCAGCUUUCAAUUUCCAUCCCCACCUCUUCUCAUGAUUUCCCAGCCUUCAGUUCCAGAACCCAUCAUGUGGUGAAGAAGAGUGAGAAGGUUUUUGUAAGAUGGUUGAGCUUACAUUUGAAUAAUGGGUCCUUGUACGGAAUGAAAGGCCAAAAAUGUACGGAGAAGGUGGGGUUAAGAUGCUUCGGGGUCUUCUUUCAACCACACCACCCUCUUUUUUUUCUUCUGCCAUAAAGGCAUUUGAAAGGGAUUGGUGUCUCUCUAAUGUGUAAUCGAUCCUAUCUGCUAAUGCUUUUUCUUAGUUAAGUUCUUUCAAACACAGUACCAAACAUUCUGUGACUAAGCCUAAGCUCUUUCAUGCUUGAGCUAGCAUUCAAAAUUCGCACAUCUUUGUAAUUUUGCUUCAUCAUUUUCUGCUUCCAUAGAUACUAUGAAACUGGACCCACAGGAUUUGCUUGUCUCUCAAUUCUGAACAUCCAUUUUAUGUGUAUUGCCUAGAACCCUCUUUGUAAUCACACUCGUUAUUAUUACUGUUAAA